AUGCCCGACGCAAAUCAACCGCUCAAAGACGAAGACAGAGAAGAAAAGAAAAAAGACGAUAGCGAGGACGAUAAGCCCGAGCUGACCCUGCCGAUGAUGAUGAACAUUCAGCAACUCCUCUUCAAAAACCUCCAACACUCCGAAUUCUUGAUGCACCAGCAGAAGCUCGCACAGGCCCAGUUCCAGCUCCAAAUUGUUCCUCCGCUAUUCCCGAUGACACGACCUCACGCUCCCCACCCAUUCUCCAUCGCAAAUCUCACCUCCAACCUGAGACCCGAGGAACCGACAGCGAACGAGCAACCAAAAGAAGAAGCAGCUGAGGUGGUGCCGGUGCCGCUUGGUCUGCACGAGCCACGACCGGGGAUGAGCGAUGCUGUACGCGGGGAUACACUCGACGGCUCGCCGGACGGGAGCGCUAGUCCUGAUGAGAAUGGAAAGCGCAAGCAGAGGAGAUACCGUACCACCUUCAGCGCCUAUCAACUGGACGAGCUGGAAAAAGUCUUUGGCCGUACACACUAUCCGGAUGUGUUCACUAGGGAGGAACUUGCUGCACGCGUCAACUUGACUGAAGCCAGAGUGCAGGUGUGGUUCCAAAACCGUCGCGCCAAGUUCCGCAAGCAAGAGCGCACUUCUCACCAUCCGUACGCCCAUCCGGGAGCUGGUGGACCAUUUGGGGCGGCCAACCCAAGCUUUGCUGAGGCGCAACUUUCGUUCCUGGCCCAACACCAGGAUGCCGCCCAACUUUUCGCCGCGUUGCAGCAUCAGCAGCUUGAAUCGAUGCUCCCCCUCCUCCCGGCCGGCUUGGCCCCCGCGGUCAUCAGCCGUAGCCCAUCCUCCCCCCGCACUGAGGGCCCAUCUCCGACCAGCCCCGCGCCACCUUCACUGCUUCCGAACCUUCCGCUACCAUUGGUGCCUACAACCACUGCCGCGGACAUGAACCCGCUGCGCAACUUGUUGAUGGCCGGUGGGUUGCCGGGGAUGCCCGGACCCGCGGCUAUGAUCUACAUGCAACAGAUGGCGGAAGCGCUGAAGUCGCUUGGAGUGCCAAGCAGCCUUGGCAUGAUGUUCCCCGGAUUGCCGCAACCAAGACUUUCCACGGAAUCUCCAGAAUCCCCGAAAUCACCGCCCUCCUUGGUGAUCCCCGACCUGGCCGCCAUCCUCGCCAAGGCCAACGAAGCGGCCAUGUCGGCCCCCGCCGCCCAAACAUCGCCCCGGCCACCACAGUCGCCUGCAGUAAAGGAAGAAUCCGACGAACCUCAGGACAAUUUGCAA